UAUUUCGAAAGUGAGAAACAGUGGUUAGCCAUAAAACCAUAUAUUGUGAAACGAAUGCAAAUUGAAAAUUGUAGCCUCAGAUUUGUUUUUAGCCCUCAGUUUGAUGUGGGAACAAAAGUUCUCUCUUUAAUGGAGUACUUCUGGUAGUAGAGCCAUGUUAACUGUGUUACUGUGCUAGCAUAGAAAUACACAUUGUGCUUGUUUGCCUUUUUUUUUUUUAUAUAGCUCUGUUUUCUUUAAAGGUAUGGCCCUGAUCUGAGGCUAGAGGUGCUGGAUAUGGCUGAAAGGAUUGACAUUGGCGAAAUGCCCUCCUUUGACCUGGUUCCAAGUGCUGAAGCAAAGAAGAGACCCAAUUCAUCAGAUGGCAGUGAGUGAUUUUGAUUCUUCAGAUUGAACUCCUUGCCACAGUUUAAAGUAUUUUGCUAAUCUACUGGAAGAUGAAAAAUAGCUUAACUCAUAACAUAUCAAAUAUGCUGUUAUUGAUUUGUUAUACACUUGUCAUUGAUUGAUUAUCUGUUUUGUUCUUUAAUGUUAGGAGACGAGCCAAUGAGGAAAAUGCCGGUGUCCAAAUUUGGUUCCAGACCGCGGUUUGAGCCUGUGCACUUUGUUAGUGGUGGCAGCAGUGGCAGGUCUGGUAAUGAUGAGAAGGAGAAUGACAAGGAGCGCCGGAGGAGUGAGGUGAACAGUGUGAAGCAGUGGGACUCGGACGCUGACCGUCCCGCUUAUGGCAGCAACCGAGCUCAGGGCUCCUCUGCAGCUAGGCCUGCGUUCGACAGAGUUUCAUCAUAUGGUUCUUCUUCUGACUCUUGGAGGGAUAGAGAAAGAGAUAGAGACAUACCCUCAGGUAGCACAAGUGGUUUAGGUUAUGGAAGCCGAGGAUCCGCCUCAAAUUACAUGACUAAAGUGCAGCAGGACUACUCGGCCAGAUACGAGGCCCACAGCACUAGGCAGCCGGACUCAUACUCUCAGGCCCCUAGGUUUGAUGGAUAUGGAGGGGGCAAUCGAUCAGGAGGCUGGGGGGAUUCAGGACGCCAAGGCCUUGGCUUCAGGCAGCAGGACAGACCCUCAUCCAGCAGACCAUUCAGCAGAGUCUACAGCAGCCCAGGGAGGAGCAGCCCCUCGUCUGUCUCUGGGUCUUCACAACCCAUCCCUAUAUCUCAAGCCGUGCUGGACGAAAAGCAGAGGCUGAUCAAUAGUGUGGCAUCCGCCAUAGCUGUCACUUUAAGAGACCCCGCGUUCAUGUGUGGAGCUGAAUCUCCAAACUACAAUUUCAUGCUGAGCCGUAGCAUCCAGGCCUGUAAGACCAACCCGGAGUACAUCUAUGUCAACCUCAAGGAUAUCCCUCCAGCAGACCUACCCAAGAACAGGAAAGUACCGACUGAUGGCUAUGCCUGUGAGCUGAGAUGCCAGUGUGUUUACCUUGCUACUGGCUACUCUGGUAGCAAAAACGGGGCCAGGGACCGUGCUUCUGAGCAGGCUAUUAAGCUUUUCUUUAAACUGGUGGAGGUCCGUGUAGUGCAGCGCAAAUUCAAACACUCCUUGGUCAAUGAUAUUGUGGUCUGCCAGAUGCACUGCCCUACCCCUGCCUUUCUACCAGCACUGCGUAACCCAGAGGACAAGCCGACGCCUAGCUCCAAGGGGCAAUACGAGCCUGACAAACGCAAGCACUGGACAGAUUUUGUCGUUGUUGACAACGCUCAUGAUGCCAUCUGCAUUCUUAACAACUCUGCCGCCUUCAACCGCAUGAAGAUUGACUACAAGUUCGACGUGGUCCCCAACAGCAGUGCAUGGCAAUGUAGCGUGUACCUGCAGGAUGCGCUGGUGGCACAGGCCAGGGGAAGUAAGAAGACGUCGAAACAUACAGCAGCUGAAGAGGCAGUGAGGAAACUACGCAUGAACCAGGCAGCCCGGCAACAGCAGCAACAACAACCACAGCAGUUCUCUCGAGGGAACCAUCACUCUGACCCAUCGGGUGGUCGUUUCGGUCCCCAGGGUGUUAGGAAGAAACACUUGAGCGAACUGGUCAUCCUGGAGAACUCGGACAAUGCCAUCUGCAUCAUCAAUGACACUGCCCAAUUCAACAAGGUAGCUGCCGAUUAUAAGUUCACAGUGCUACCAGACCACCGCUGGAGGUGUGAGGUGUACCUGGAGGGUCAGUACGUAGCGGCAGGCAUCGGACCCAAGAAAACAGUGAAGCACAUUGCAGCAGAGGAGGCCCUGGCCACACUCCGGCAAACACAGGCUGUGGUGAAAUCCAACCUCAGGAAGGAGGGUAAUGCUGACGCCCUCUCUCGCCACCAGAUUCUGACUCGCUCUGGUGAGGAGUCCUCGAGACAGGAGAUCAAGGAGGACAACAUUGGGAAUCAGCUACUCCGCAAGAUGGGCUGGAAGGGUGGCGGAUUGGGCCGGGAAGGGGAGGGCAUCUCUGAACCCAUCAAGGUGAAAGAGCAGUUCUCCAGAGAAGGACUGGGUAUGGACAUGGACAAGUCUGGGAAUCAGCUCACCAAACGGAACAUCGAGGACAUCAUCCGUAACUAUGCCAGUUCAGACCGCCAGGACGACCUGCGCUUCUCCACUGAGCUCAACAAUGAUGAACGUAAGCAGAUCCACCAGAUAUCCCAGAAGUAUGGCCUGCGUAGUAAGUCAUACGGCCAGGGCAGGCUGCGCUUCCUCAUCGUCAGCCGAAAAGUGCACAAAGACCAGCUCAUUGGCCAGCUCCUGCAGGAAGGGCAGGUGGGACGCUACGAGCUGGUGAAACCUCAGGCCUCACACUGACUGGAUAUGGUAUAGCUCCAACAAACUACCGAUGACUGAUACUUACAACAAAAAAAAUCACACACCUGAUCUGGGAAAAGUUUGUAAAUGUAAAAUGUUUCAAUCUUCUAGGCUUGUCUUUCGGAGAAACACUUGUGGUUUCUGCAUUCCUUUUCAUACAAUUGUAUAUUUUCUGACAUUGUUUUAACGCUUCUUGUCGUUCCACUAUUUUGUCUUCUGUCAGCUUCAAAUUUGCACAAUAUGCUAGUCUUGAAGUGCUUUGUGCUGUUACAGUUGAUUAGAGUUCUGUAUCUUUUGACAGAAAUGCUCAAAACAUAUUUAGCAAAUGUUUUUCAUGGCUACAGAAAUAGCCUAAACCAGCAGAAUGCCUGCCAUUUCACCUUCUCACCUACACAAAAGUUUAAAUAGUAGAAAUGUAUAUACUGUUGGCAUCACCUCAGGUGA